AUGACCAAAACCCAGCGGCCGAUACCUAGAAGCCGCAGAUCUUCGUCCUAUGAUCGGAGACUUCCGCGGUCCCGUACCAACUCGAUAACAUCCAUGGAUUCUUCAGCAAGUCACAUCUUGGAGGAUAACAACUAUGAGAUGUUUUCGGGUGCAGCAUCCGAAGUUAUUCCGUCGUCCAUUACUUCUUUGCACUACCCCCACAGCUUUGGUAACAGAAGAGAGUCAUUAGUGUCUCGAGAAACGUCGCCGUUGCUUAGCGCAGAUGAAAACAACAUCGAUUUGAGGUCAGUAAAUUCCGCUGCAUCAAGAAGAUCUGACGAGACUCAGUCACAAUUUCGAUUCUUUUCUCCCGAUGAGAUUGAAAUGGCCCAAGGUGGAUCUACAAUAGAGAACCCGGAAGACCCUGUUGAUUAUAAUACAAAUUGGGAUUAUUCAAUAGACAAAUUUGUUGGUGAUGAAGAAUCAUCGCAAGCAGAAGCAGUUUUUGCUGACGCCUAUUCAGGCAGGAUGCAAAGUCCUGAAGCACCUGAUUAUGGGUCAGUGGAAUUUGAACGACGGAAUCGUCGUGAUUCAGAUGCAAGUAGUGACAAAUCAGAUCUGUUCAAUGAAAACGGCGACGAAACAAACCAAAUCAACGAGGACUUCUACCAACAAUACCCCACCAAGCUUCACUCCCAGAGAUAUUACUUAGCAGAAGAGGACAUUGUCGUCGGUAUUGCUGGUUACCGCAACUGUUGGUGGAAGAAGUAUUUGUACUACAUCUUAUGCAUCAGCACCUUUGGGGUGGGGUUUUUAAUAUUAAGAUGGUUUCCCAGAUAUAGAGUCAACUUUAUGAGCACAAAGUGUCCACUUGGGUUAUCGGAUUGGUGCGUCAUUGAGAAUGAAUUUGGUGAGCUUCAGAUUAUAGACAUUGACAAACAACGAUUCGACGAAAGACUUUCAAAUUUUUUGACCAUACAUGAAGAAAAAGCACAAAGUGACCCAGUGGUACCUUACGUUCACUCAUUUAUUUACCGAUACAUUAAAUUUUUUUAUGAUCCCACGGAAGACAUUUUUCGAACAAAUUCCAACUGGUACGAUAUACGCUGGUUGAGUUUAAAGACGAUCAAAGAAGGAAUUUCACAAUCUCUUCAAGAGCAGAGACUUGAGAUUUUUGACUCAAACAAGAUAGAGAUUGAUGAAAAGACAACCUUUCAGUUGCUUGCAGAUGAGGUUUUGCAUCCAUUCUACAUAUUUCAAAUAUUUUCGAUCUUCUUGUGGCUUGCAGACGACUAUUACUACUAUGCCUCGUGCAUAUUCAUCAUUUCCAUGGUCUCAAUUGUCAACUCAUUGAUUGAAACCAAGUCUACUAUGAAGAGAUUGCAACAGAUUUCGAAAUUCGAAUGCGAGGUGAGAGUUUGGAGAAAUGGAUUUUGGAAACAAAUUGACUCUGUCGAUUUGGUACCCGGUGAUAUUUUUGAAAUAGAUCCCUCUUUGAGCGUGAUUCCUUGUGAUGCUCUACUUGUCAACGGAGAGUGUGUUUUGAACGAAUCGAUGUUGACAGGUGAGAGUGUGCCAGUUACUAAGGCACAAGCUACAAAGGACGUUGUCAAACUUUUACCGCAGAAUUUUAUUGACCCCAACUUGUCGCGGUCGUAUUUAUUCAAUGGAACUAAAUUACUAAAAAUGAAGUCGACCAAUGAUGAACCGGUUAUUGCAAUGGCGUUGAAAACAGGAUUCAGUACAACCAAAGGGUCUCUAGUUCGAUCAAUGAUGUUCCCUAAACCCACAGGCUUCAAGUUUUACAGAGACUCUUUCAAGUAUAUUGGAUUUAUGACAUUAAUUGCUGCAUUGGGAUUUACUUACUCAACCUACAACUUUAUAAAACUUGGUCUAAGUAAAAGACUAAUGAUAUUGAGGGCAUUGGAUAUAAUCACAAUAGUGGUACCUCCAGCUUUACCGGCAACCUUGACUAUUGGAACCACUUUUGCCAUUGCAAGACUCAAAAAGCUCAAUAUAUACUGUAUCGCGCCCACUCGUGUGAACAUAGGAGGGAAAUUAGAUGUCAUUUGCUUUGAUAAAACAGGCACUUUGACCGAAGAUGGGUUAGAUGUAUUGGGAGUCCAUUUGGCCAAUAACGCAAAAGGAAGAAAAGAAAUCGUAUUCGAAGACUUGGUAACUGAUGUACUGCUUCUAAAUCUAACCCGAGGCUCUGGCUAUGAAACGAAUAACGGGGAGUUUCUAUUGCGGUGUAUGGCGUCCUGUCAUUCCCUAAGACAUAUAGACGACGAACUAAUGGGCGAUCCUUUGGACGUGAAGAUGUUUGAGUUUACAAAAUGGGAUUACGGAGAAGAUCGCAAUUCAGGAAAGCCAGUGGUUUCGGGCAAAGCCAACUCCCAUAUUAUAGAAAGGGAGUUUGAAUUCUUGGCGCCUUUGAGAAGAAUGUCUGUGAUUUGUAAAUCGGAUAAGAAGAAAUACGUGUUUACUAAAGGUGCCCCGGAAGUAAUGAUCGAGAUAUGCGUUCCGGAGUCCAUCCCAUCCAACUAUGAAGAGCUACUUCAUCAUUAUACACACUUGGGAUUUAGGGUCAUAGCAUGUGCAUACAAGCAUGUUGACAGCUGCAACCUCGAGAGAUCUGAUGCCGAGUCCAGCUUGACAUUUGCCGGAUUCAUCAUUUUUGAGAACAAACUCAAACUCUCCACGGCGCCAACUUUAGAAAAGUUGAACGAUGCGCAAAUUCGUACUAUUAUGUGUACAGGUGAUAACAUUUUAACUGCAAUCAGCGUUGCAAAGGAAUCAAAAUUAGUUCCUGACAGCAAAUGUAUUAUUUACGUUCCAUUGAUUGAAGCGAAGGAUGAUCAGCAGUAUAUUUCGUGGCAGGACGUUAAUGAUCCCGAAAACAGGUUAGACCCGGAAACACUCAAGCCGGCUGAUAUAAGACAAGACAGCAAUUACAGGUUGGCAAUUACGGGUGAUAUAUUCAGAAUUUUAUUGACCGAGCUCAAAGACGUCAAUUUGAACCAAAAUGUGUUGAUGAAGUGUGAUAUAUUUGCAAGAAUGUCGCCGGAUGAAAAACAUGAAUUAGUCGAGCAACUUCAAAAAAUCGAUUACACUGUUGGAUUUUGUGGUGAUGGUGCUAAUGAUUGUGGGGCCUUGAAGGCUGCAGAUGUGGGUAUUUCCCUUUCUGAAGCUGAGGCGUCAGUUGCAGCGCCCUUCACGUCCCGGAUAUUUGAGAUUUCAUGUGUCCUCGAUAUUAUCAAAGAAGGAAGAUCAAGCUUGGUCACGAGUUUUUCGUGCUUUGAAUAUAUGUCACUAUACUCAGCGAUUCAAUUUAUCACUGUCACUAUACUUUACAAAACAGGGACCAAUUUGGGUGAUUUUCAAUUUUUGUACAUUGACUUGUUUUUGAUCUUGCCCUUGGCAAUUUUCAUGUCUUGGUCAAAGCCGUAUCCUAAAUUGGCACUAAAGAGACCUACGGCAAAUUUGGUGUCACCAAAGAUACUUAUACCUUUGGUUUGCAAUAUUUUACUUCUAUUGUUAUUCCAAAUGCUCACUUGGCUGUGGGUGAAAAAAGAACCUUGGUACAUCAAGCCAGUUCCUGGAAACGACGACGAAGUUCUGUCUUCUGACAAUACAGUUCUAUUUUUGUUUUCCAACUUCCAGUACAUCUUGAUUGCGGUGAUCUUAAACCAGGGCCCUCCAUACCGUGCACCUAUUCAAAAGAAUGUUCCAUUUUUAUUGAACUUGGUUGCUGCGUUAGCCUUAUCUACUGCGCUAUUUUUCGUCAAUGUGGAUUCAAGCUUUGGUGAUUUGAUGCAAUUGACAAGACUUGGCAGCUACUUUUACUAUUACAUCUUACUUUUAGCUGGCUUAAACUUUGUGCUUAUGGUAUUGGGAGAAAAAUUCUGGUUUUCUCGACUUAUUAGGGUGUACAAGAGAUUGUUCCAGCGCCACAAGAUUGGUAAGAGUAAAAAAUUGUUUAAAAACUUGCGCAAGGAAUUCGAUCAAAUUCAAAGUGUUUAG